UCUAGUAUGGAAGAGGCCUAACAAGAAUCUAGCCUCUGAUCUAGCUUGCAAAUUGGUGCAAAUCAUGUGCAAAUCGUAGUGCAAAUCCUUUGCAAAUUGCAAAUCAAGUGGGUAUGCAACAAUUGCAAUUUUGAGUGUUGGAAACCCUGUGGCUGAUUUUGGCACAUUCUCGACACUGCUCGACACAUCCAAAAGUGUCAAAUUGAACAGCUGAUUACCUGCAAAAAUGGCGUUUAAAAUAUGUAAAUGGAAAAAAAUCGUAUAAUUUAAAGUGAUAUCCGUCUCUAGCCGACAGUUUGCCAAGAAUUUCAACAUGCCAGGUACAAGUUUAGUGGUGCCGGUGGUUUUAUGGGGAAAAUAUGCCCCUACCCAUUGUAUAUCUUGCAUUUACUUGUCAAAAGACCAGAAAACCUUGGCCACUGGCUGCUAUGAUGGUCAGAUUUGUUUAUGGCAGGUGGAUCCAAACACCUUACAUAUGACACCUAGAUGCUUACUAGUGGGACACACUGCUCCUAUUCUGUGUAUAUCCAAAGCCUCAAUAGUACAGGAUAAUAAUUAUAUUGUAUCGAGUUCAGAAGGUGGAGAGAUGUGUACAUGGGAUAUCACAGAUGGAAAAUGUAGAGAAGCUAUUAAGUUACCUCAGGUUCACACAAGCAUGCAAGCUUAUCAUAUGUGUAAUUGUGAGGAUGUCAGACUGUUUUGUAAUGGAUAUUAUCCAGAAAUACUUGUCAUGGAUCCUUUUAGUUUAGAAAUAUUGUUUACUUUAUCUUCUAAACAAAACCCAGACUGGAUAAGUGCAUUACAUGUUUUGAGACCAGUUAAACGUAAAGAUGAUGUUGUUUUGGCUUUAACAACUACCGGCAUGGUGAAGGUAUGGACAUUGCUUGGUCACGAGAAUAAACAUUCUGAACCGAUAUAUGAGAAUGAGAGCAAGCAGAUCAAAACACUGAAUGCUGUGUGUCUUCAGUGCUGUGCUUACAACCAAAGAACUGUUCUAGUUGUUUGUACUAAGUACUGGCAAAUAUAUGAUGCAGGGGAUUUUAGUGUUCUGUGUUCAUACCUGGCUCCAAGAGGUGAAAGGUGGAUGUCAGGUGACUUUCUAGCAGUUGAUAGGAUUAUUAUGUGGUCGGAUGCUGGCAAAGGAUAUCUCUAUAAGUUACCAGCUAAUAGCACAGCAGAUCAUAAAGAUUUUCAUACCAAAAGUGUAGAACAUGAUACACCAUUUAUGUAUUGCCUUUUGAGUCAGCCAGAUGGGAAGCCAUUGUCAUGUCCGCCUGCUAUGCGUCUGGUUACCACCAACAGAAACGGACAAUCAAAAAGGUACUUACUUCGAGGCGACUCUGAAGGUUUUGUCCUCUUAUGGGCUAUUCCGGAUAUAUCCGCAGCCCAGUUAAACGCUAUACGGUCGCAUAGCCCUCCAGAACCUGUAACAGCCUCGGCAACCUUAGUCACAAGUCUGACAAAGGCUUGGAGCUCUGUAAGACCCGAUCCUGUAGGAAUUCUGGAUCAAAUCGAGCGACAGGAGAACCAAUCUAUAAAGUUGACAGCGAGUAUUUAUCUGCCCCUGCAGAGCCGUCUAGUGGUCGGUAGGGAGGAUGGCACUAUAAUUAUUGUUCCUGCUACCCAGACAGUGAUGUUACAGCUGUUACAUGGGAAUCACCAACAAUAUCGUAAUUGGCCACCUCAUCAGAUUCUUUCUGGUCAUCAAGGUAGAGUUAAUUGCCUAUUGCAUCCUCAUAGAGAACAUCCAAGAUAUAACAGGAACUAUCUCGUAUCUGGAGGUGUUGACUUUGCAGUUUGCCUUUGGGACUUGGUAACAGGAACUUUAUUGCACCGAUUUUGUGUCCAUGCUGGCGAAAUCACGCAGUUAUUAGUACCACCAGAAAACUGCAGUGCCAGAAUCCAAAAGUGUAUUUGUUCAGUGGCUUCGGAUCACUCUGUGACGUUGUUGAGUUUGGCCGAACGGAAAUGCAUUUGUUUAGCGUCCAGACAUUUGUUUCCCGUCACGACGAUAAAAUGGCGACCCAAGGACGAUUUUGUGGUAAUAGGAUGUUCUGAUGGUACAGUGUAUGUUUGGCAGAUGGAAACAGGACACUUAGAUAGGGUACUCCAAGGUAUAGCAGCGGAAGAAGUACUCUAUGCUUGCGAGGAAAAUGAAGAAGCAAAUACCUCUUCCGAUAUGGGUCUGGCAAAUCCAGCUGUUCAUUUCUUCAGAGGUUUGCGUCACAGGAACCUGUCGGCUAUUCGCCACGCCACCCAGCGGGGAUUGCACCAACUACAACAACUCAACGCGCAUACCGAAGCGGGGGAUCCACAUGCUCGAAGGGUUCAUGGUCAGACAUCACUAGGCGUUCAAGGAUUCAGAACUAAUCCAAAAGAUCCCGAAAGUCAUAUACUCUUCUUCGAUAUAGAAGCCUUAAUCAUAGAAUUAUUGAGCGAGGAAUAUUCCAUGAUGUCUCCUGGUAGUUUAGAAGCAGCUGGAUUGAUCUCGCAGGCAGAAUAUUUGAAAGUGGCAGCUCUAACACAAAGUGCCAGCCCAGAUGCACACAAAAAGAUUGCAGACUUUUUUGGUAAAGUCAAGGACAAAGCUGAAAACAUGGAACGUAUCAUUAAAGAAAAAGACAAACAUGGUAUAUUAGCGAAAAUGAAAGAGGGUGCCGAAACAGUACAAACCAAAAUACAAGCUAAAGCUGACUUGGUACUGAAAGGAACUGAUCAUCUAAAUCAAGAAAACUCAGAUUUUGGGAAGGAAAAAAAUAAACCGGGGAGCUUAGGACCACUGGAUACAUCUCAUGGUAUGGAGAUAGCACAACUGCUUCUUUCUCUUUUGCACUCGUGGGGUCUUGAUGAUGAUUUGGAUAGAGUUUGUCAAGGAAAAUUAGGCCUCUUACGUCCUAUGGUGCCUUUAUCAUUUGGUGUUUUAUCAAAAGCCAAUCAUAUGUCGUUGUUUUUACCUACCUGGCACAAUACCAUCUCUAUUGAUGAGGAUCCUAUAUCGGAAAACCAAGAUUUAGAGAUCAGUUUACCUCCCGAGCUUGUCAGAAGGGAAAAACUCACCAGAAUAUUUACCAGCAGGACUCAUUGGGAACUGAGCACAACCCUGACCAGUAAUCAUUUAUUAGCUGUGAUAGCCCUGAGCCAUACCCUGAUGAGUAUGAGCAACGCUACGUUUGUUCCGGAACAAGAAAGGAACAGGAAGCUACACAGGCAAUCGACCAGAAUUAACUGGAGUAAGACUGACGAGGAACAAGAGGAGAUGUACACGCAACAACAGGCUCAAAUCAAACAGGGUUGGUCGUUGCUGGCCACACUACACUGCGUCUUAUUGCCUGACAAAGUGGUGGAACGUGGCGCGAAACAUUUUAAAAGGCCUCAAGUUGAGAUGAUGGCUAAAAGAUGGCAGCAUCACUGUGUGGAAGUGCGGGAAGCGGCACAAACCUUACUAUUAGCCGAAUUGUCAAGAAUGGGACCUAAAGGAAGAAAACAGCUAGUAGAUGCAUGGGCAAACUACCUCCCUUACUAUACACAAACAGAAACGAUCAACCAGCAGGCAAAUUCACCGCCAUCGUCACAGAAUCACGUCAAUUCUCACAAUAAUGUUCCGAGUACGCCGGAUCCAGUGGAUGAAGAAUUUGAGGAGGAGGAAGAAGAACAGAUACGCAAGCCUUCUAGUCUGGUUGAAUUAAAGAGAAAACAGACUACAGCAGUGAUAUUGUUAGGUGUUAUUGGUGCGGAAUUUGGUCAAGACAUUACCAGUACAGACACAACUAAAAGAAAAACCGAAGAUAGAAGAAAGAGUUCAGUGGUAGAAGGAUUUGGGUCAGGAAAUAAUAAUUUGGCCAGAUUAACAGCUAUGGCGUUGUCACAUCUGUUAUUGGCACCCCCUUCGCCACGUUUACCCGCUCACAUUCCCUUGAGAAGGGCCGCCAUUGACCUUAUAGGGCGGGGAUUCACCGUUUGGGCACCCUUCCUGGAUAUAAGCAAAGUUUUAUUAGGUCUCUUGGAAUUGUGCUCCGAAGCUGACAAAUUAGUGCCCAGUAUGACGUAUGGCCUUCCUUUAACACCUCAAGCCGAUUCCUGUCGCACUGCUAGGCAUGCACUGACAUUAAUAGCGACAGCAAGACCUGCAGCUUUCAUAACAACAAUGGCCAAAGAGGUGGCUAGGUACAACGCCAUGCAACAGAACGCUCAAACGUUGAACAUUAACAUGAACAACAACGUUUUGCACAAAGCGAAACCUGAAAUACUUAGAGGCGUGGAGUUGCUCAUAGAGAAAAUGCAGACGGAAAUGAGCACUCUUCUAGUUGAGCUAGUGGACAUUAUCCUCCAUUGUUUGGAUCCAAGUCAACUAAAAAACAAGAGCUUGCAAAAUGUUUUUCCUGCUAUCUGCAAAUUUAACCAAGUAUCUCAUUGUCCAACGACCAGAAGAAUAGCAGUGGGUUCACAUUUGGGAUCGUUAACCAUUCACGAGCUAAGACAAAACAGAUGUACAGUGAUCCACGCCCAUUCUGAAGCUGUUACAGCAUGUGCUUUCAGCCCCGACGGUAAAUUUUUGGUUAGUUAUGCUUGUGGAGAGAACAAACUGAGUUUUUGGCAAACCAGUACUGGUAUGUUUGGUUUGGGCCAAUCACAAACAAAGAACGUCAAAUCCUACAGUACGGCGCCCAUUGCCGAUGUUGCCAGACUUAAUCCUAUGCGAUUAGCUCGACUGAUCUGGAUCAAUAACAGGACAGUAACCCUAAUGCUUGCUGAUGGUUCAGAAACAAGAUUUAACGUUUAAUGAGACACUAUUUUAUUUUUGGCUGGACUUACUCUAAAUGUAAAGAUUAUAUGCAAAUGGACCUAAUAUUUGUUAAUUUCGUAAGUGUAGAGUUGGAAAAGUAAAACAUUAGGAGGAGCAGAAGUCAGACAAUAAUUUGAAAAAUGACGAUCGAAAAUUGAACUCAGUUUGGAGUCUAGUCUUUUUUUUAAAUAUAUAUAAUAUAUAGAAAAUGUUAAUUUUUUCGAGUAUUAAAUAGUAAUUAAGGAUUAUUUGGUGAACUAUUUCAGCUUUUUGAAAGUGGUUUAGAUGGAUGUUAUUUUUAUGUAAAAAGUGCAUAAUCUACAGCAAAAAUCUGGAUUUUUUUUUAUCUAAACGUUGGCUAGUUUUAUCAUCCACGGAUUGAUAUAAACUAAAAAAAAAAGAUUUUUAUUAUAGCAUAUGAACUUCUAGAGAAAAUAAACUGAUUAAACAAUUUAUAGAAAGUGUGCCUCAAGCAUAAAGAAAAUUUUACCAAAUAUCUUAAGAGAUCGACUAGUAUAAUUUACAUAAUACCUAUAUUAAAAAACAUCCCUAUGCACGAACGCAAACCUUAUAAUCAAGUCAAGUAUGUAUGUAUAAAGCCUAAAUCUAAUGAACUAAUAAAUCUUAUAUCGAUUUAGUUUAAAAAAGCAAUAUUUAGUUUAAAAAAUGGAAAAAGGUUUUAUAGCUGGUAGAAAAUUGCGUAUGUGCCAUAAUCAUACAGAAGGCUCGUUUAGAUGGUGCCUCUUUUAGUGCAGUGCUGCACAUAAUCGGGCAUGCAACAUUCUUUAUGUAACUAGUCGUAGCUGUUCCAUGCCCCAUAAAGCAUGCCCCAUUCUGUUUACAUGCUCUGAAACAUUCAGCAACUAUGGGACGAAGACUGACGUAUCCGCUACUAAUGUAAUUUAAAAGAAAUUAUAGUAAGAACUAUUUGGAUGCAUGAUAACGUUAAAUAAAAACGUUUUGAAAUAUUUGACGUCAUUUUUUCACAGAAAUAUUGAAAACGCGAAACUAUUUUUAAGCUUUAGAUUUUAGACAAACUACCGAUAAGACCACGUGUUUCCCUGGCAACCUGUGUUAACAACUGCAUCGUUAGUAAAAGCGUUGGCGAGUUGUUUUAAGACGAUUGAUCUGAGAAUAAAUACUUCGUGCUUUGUCAAUGUUGUAACAUUUGAGCGAUAUGCAAUAAUCACUUCGAUUUUAUCUUACACAUAGCGCGAACAAUUUUAGGUGAAACACUAAGCGAGCCUCCAUUGGGUAUGAUGUAGCAUAUCGUCAGAUUGGCAACAUCGCACUAUACUUCACCAGUACCACCUUGAAGAAUUUUAAGGCAUGCGCAUUUUCAACUACUAAAAAACCUUUUUAGCAAAACACUUUUCUGUUUCUUGGAAAAAAAGUUAAUAUAUAAAAAAAAUCAAGGUGCCUCAACUGUACUUUUUUUAAGCCAUUUUUUACAGCUAUCAAUGCAAGAUAAUGUGUUAUAAACUAUUGAUUUGUUAUUAAUAGUAAGAAUUAUUAUAUUAUUGAAAAGGUUACAUAUAAUAUGUAACCGCCUAAACAUGUUAUCCAAUAUCGUUGUUGAAAUUUAAGAGCCCAUAAUGAUAAGAUACUAUAUUUAUGUAACAAAUAAUAAAUGUUGCUAAAUGAAAUGGUAAUUUAUAUCUUCUAAAAGUAUUUGUUAGUGUAUAGAAGCGAUGUAUAAAAGUGAAAAAAUCUAAAAAAAUCAUGUUUGUUAUACGAAGCGAUCCACAGUGAUUGAAACAGUUGGCAAAACUGUGUUAGAGGAUUUUAGAAUUAGUGAUUGUGCGCGUUCAGGGAACACAGCGGCUGACCGACCGCUGAGUAUUUUACUCAGCGGCUGACUGUUUUUGCGUGUAAAAAGAGACCGUUUAGGGAAACCGCUUACUCAGCCACUCAGCCGCUGACCGUCCCUGAACGCGCCCAUUGUUACUGAUGGUAAAACAAAUUAUCUUGUUACUGAUGGUAAAACAAAUUAUCAUUCGAAACAUUUCAGCGACGUAUGUCAAUCAUAUUUAUUAUAAAGACUAUAUCACAGAUUAGGUAUCCUAUAAGUACACAGAUAAAAAUCUUGUCCCUAAUUCGUGGUACGAAAAUUGUUUUUUAUUACGAUGAGCAAACGAGUAAAUUUUCUUGUCCGCAAAAAUAAACUCCCGUUUAAACAGCGUAAUAACUGGGCCGGUCAGGCGCUGUGCACAAUUUUAGAGGAAAUAAGUGGGCAUGCUUGUGCGCAAAAUAGUAACCUAACUAGUGCGCGACUCCGAAAAUUGGAACCACUAAAAACUGCUUUUGACGAUAAGUUUAUAAUCUGUGACUAUAUCGCCUCUAUUCUGCAUUCUGUGAAGCCGAGCAUGUGAAAUACACAUACAGGGUCGCUAUUAUGUAUGGAAACGAUCGAUUAUUAGGUAAAAUAUAGGAGGUACCGCAAAAAGUUAAAUAUAAAAGUUAUAGGAUUUUUAAAUAUCUAUUAGCGAGUAAUAAAUUUAAGUAUACA